UUGAGUUAGCGGGCAGGUACUCGUGUCGUGUCGCGCUAAUGUCGACUUGCUGACACCGCGGAGGGAAAGUGGGUAUUGUUGCAGCACGGCCGACCCCGGCCGGGCGGCCGCCGCCACUGCUUGUCCGCGCGCUCGAGCCCCUCAAGGUGACCCACUGCGACGAUCUACCAGUUUCGCUAAAUGCGCACCGACGAAUCACAUUCCAUAUGCAACCAGCUCAUCGGGAGCCACAUUACAAUUGUUAAACAAUGAUGUCAGUGUACGCGCUGUGGUUCUUGGCGAUGUUAGCGCCAUCUCUGUGCCGACCGUACGAUCCGGAGGACGCGGGGCUCAAGACGGUGCUGCCGUCCAGCGGGCAGUUCGAGGCAUUUUAUCCGCGCGAGGCGCACGGCGUGCCGAACGGCUCGUCGAGGCCCGCGCACGGGCACGGCAGUUUCUACAAGCACCGCAACCCGGCGCUGGUGGAUGUCAAGAACGCCGCCGCCUACGGCUUCAGGUUCGACGGUAUGAGGAGAUUCAACUUUGAUGACGAAUAACUUCUAACAUCAACUUAAUAAACAAAUUCAUCAUUA